GACAACGGCACGAGACAACACUUACGGUGGAAUUCAGAGAAGAAGUUGCUCUCUGGUGGGUCUAUGCCUCCAAGAAAUUGUACCUUUUCAAAGAUUCAGCCGUGGAUGCUGUCUCCCAAAACAGCUUUUCUCACUUCAUUACCGCCAAAAGGGCGGUGAGUAACAGUGCCCUCGCAAGGUUGACGCUCGCGUUAUAAAUUGAACUGGUCGCCACGGGUUCUGGCUCAUAAUCAAUCAAGUGCCCUGAUCAGUUUCAGGCAUGGGAGAGGGAGAUUUCAAGCAUUUAGUUGUUGUCAAGUUCAAGGAAGGGGUGGUCGUUGAAGACCUCAUCAAAGGGAUGGAGAAGAUGGUGUCAGAGAUUGACAAUGUCAAGUCCUUUGAAUGGGGACAGGACAUUGAAAGCCUGGAUGUGCUGAGACAAGGUUUCACGCAUGCCUUCCUCAUGACAUUCGCCAAGAAAGAAGAGUUCGCUGCGUUUCAGGGUCACCCGAAUCAUGUGGAGUUCUCAACAACGUUUUCAGCUGCCAUUGAGAAGAUCGUGGUGCUGGAUUUCCCAGCUACUCUUGUGAAAGCACCGGCUUAAGAUUUUCAACAUCCUCUGUUCGACCCAUUCAUCAUAAAGAUUUCACCUUUACAGCUAUGUAUGCAUCCGCGCGUCCAUUUGUCUGUGUGAUCUCUUGUUUUGUGAUGGGUCCGUCCAUCCGUACAAGUUCUCUUGUUACGGACUUAUAGCUAGUACGCAUGGCUUAUGAACUAUAAACUGUUCACCCCUUCUCUUUAAUGGAUAUUUUGUAGCAGUUGGUAUUUGACA